UGUUAACGCUAGAGGCGCCUCUGUUGUUGAUAGCUUCUUGCUGCUAGAUUGAUGUAGCAUUUUACUAGAAGCAGUCAUCCAUUGCUUGCUAGCCAAUAUGAUAACAUUUAAUUGGUUGCAAAUGACAACGUAAUGGCGUCUUUACAAUGCUUCUUGUUUUCGUUCGUUAGCCAUCUUUCCGUCUGAUUCAGAACCCUUGACAGUUAAAUGGCAGUCCCCUUCAAAAUCCCCAAGAGAAAACAGCCAUCAGAAGCUGACAACAUGCACAUGCAGUCCCCUCUCUCACGUCUCCGGGAUACCUCCAGCCCAUUCGAGACAAGCUGGUGCAAUGGCUCCUCAAAUGGAAAAAGGCCUGAACAGGUUGGCUCUCUGAAUGGACACAUCCCCAGAGCAGGGAAACAGAGCACUCCUAACCGGCUAGUUCUGAGGGAUGUCUGUGAAGCGCGUCUUGGACCUGGACAAUCAGACAAAUGGACCUCCAGCCAGUCAACAGGCUUCCAGAGACCAGCUCAGACCCCAGAACACCAUCCAGUUGCCAGCCAGAGAGGGAAUUCUCCAGAGCACAGCAAAUGGAGAGAGACCCACAUGCCCAGCACACUGCGGAGAUCACCCGCUCGCUGUCAGCUAGCAGUCAACGGAACACCUAGGAAGCAGACGGAGUCUCUGACUCAUAAGAAGCCACCUCACAUCCAAUCAAGCCCUGUGACAUCAUCAACACACAAAGCUGAACAAAGACUCCCAGCAGCCUCUCCUCCCUGCUUCAAAAAUGGAUGGCGGCCUAAGAGGGCAUCAGACACACUGUGCCGGGACAAGAAUCAAGAGACUGGGUGUGUGUCGCCACUGCUCAAGACACGCCGUGCAGAGUUCAGUGGAGAUUCCCAAAUGUCUGUGAGAUGCAGCCCAGUGGAGUCGGAGCAGGAUUCUGCAUCAGAACCAUCUCCAGAAAGAGAGGUGGACAGUUCCUCAAAGACGGACGACAGGCUCUCUGUCUCCCCGGGAGACUCAACAUGGAGGAGACGUGACUCUGGGAUGAAUGGAUCUCCUCCACAAAACACAGAGAAGGAGGGGAAGGGAAGCUCAGGAUCACUGCAGAACCAGAUCAAGAGGACUAGUGGUUCACCAGGGACGGGCCCCAGGGGAAGUGUCCCUGUCCCAGCAGGCCACCGAAGCCAGAGCCCAGAUAGUGACGACCCUCCCGACCGCCCCUUGAUGUCAUGGGCCAGAGGUGCAUCCACAGGGUCCCCGAGACACCUCCUCUCCGCUGUGGCUUCAGUGACCCAGGCCACACAGGAGAAGCAGUUUUCCUUUAGCAGGCCUCCCCUCCGGGCUAACCUCACAGACAGAGAGAGGAGGCCUCCAACCAAGUGUCUCUCCCUCCAUCUCAGGCUGAGGCGGCCCAAGCCCACUUCCACAGAACCUAUUGUGCUUUCCAGUGAGGAUGAGGAGGACAUGGAUGAUGAAGAAGAGUGCCCCAGGCUGAAGACCCCACAACAGAGCCCCAGGCAAGGCCAACCCACCCCAGAGGAACAUGUACCCAAACAGGCUGGAGAGAAGGUCACGGGGUCACAGAGCGUAUCGGAGCACCAACCUGGCAGCACACAGCCACUGCCUCCUAUCAUGGAACUGUCCUUCUCUACACUGCACGCUGGGGUGGUCCGAGCGCAGGCCAAUGGAAACCUGGUGGUAACAGAUGAUGGCAUCACUCUACCGCUGAAAGAUUCCAGGGUGUCAUCCGAGGAGGAGGGGGGGGUGUCAGUGAGCCUGGUGGCGUCCCAGCUCAGAGGGUACGCGGUGUGGGACGGGGGUCUAGCCCAAGACGGGAGUCUCUUCCAGGGUUGUCCCGGCCGAGCGGCCCCCUCCCUGCUCUUCCUCUGGGUGUCUGAGGCCCAGGCCAACCUGGUACAGACAGAGCUCUCAGCCCUCCACCCCGUUACACUGCCUGGUCAGGCAUGUCCAUUCCUCCUCCUGGUCCUAAGAGAACAGCUGGGUGAUCUGCAGGCUGCUCUGCUAGCCUCCAUGCUGGAUGUAGAGGCCUUCCGUCAGGGCCGCUCCUACGACCUGAAGAGUCCCCUGUCCUGGGCAGACGGCCUAGCACUGAUACACAGCUGUCCCCAGGACACCCACCUCCUCACCCUGCUGGGGCAGAGCCUGGUGGCAGACCCCGGCCUGGGGACAGCAAAGGGGAGCCCCAGUCGGACCAGAGGGAACCACAGAAGCAGAGAGCCUUACUCCAGACUCAAGGGCCUGCUGCCCACCAGGUUGAUCCAGUACCCACCACUCCCUUCUAAAGGAGGAAUCACCGUGACAACAGAGGACCUAGACUGUCUGGACAGUGGCCAGUUCCUCAAUGAUGUCAUCAUUGACUUCUACCUUAAGUAUCUUCUCCUGGAGCGGGCCCCGGGGCCCCUGGCAGAGAGAUGUCAUGUCUUCAGCAGCUUCUUCUACAAGCAGCUGACCCGCCGGGACACGUCCCUGGAGGAGGAGGCUGCCAUCCCGGCCAGGGACAGGAGACACCAGAGGGUGAGGACGUGGACCCGCCAUGUUGACAUCUUCAACAAGGACUACCUGUUUGUGCCAGUCAAUCACAAAGCCCACUGGUACCUUGUGGUGAUCUGUUUCCCUGGCCUGGAGCAGGCCCAGCAUGAGGAGUGGUCCGGCCCAGCUGGAGUGGAGGCCAACGGGGGGAAGAGGAAAUGCCAGCCCCAGGCUUCAACUGGGCCUUCUCCAGAGGCCAGCAACCACAAACUGCAGAACGGAGCAGGGGGAGCCAGUGGGAAACCUACAUUGAAGCCCCACAACCCACCAGCGUGUACCCAAGAUGGUUGUCAGAGGGAGACCAUCAUUAAGAAACCCUGCAUUCUCAUCAUGGACUCCCUGAAGAUCUCUUACCAUGAGAGCAUCUAUAAGCUCUUGCGGGAUUACCUACAUGUAGAGUGGGAGGUGCGUAGAGGAACACGCAGAGACUUCACUGUAGACAGUAUGAAGGCUUCCCACUGUACAGUCCCUCUACAGGACAACAGCAGCGACUGUGGCCUCUACCUCCUGCAGUACGUGGAGAGCUUUCUGCAGAACCCAGUGGUGCACUUUGACCUCCCCCUGCGUUUGGAGCGCUGGUUUCCACGGCAACAGGUGUGGAGGAAGAGGGAGGAGAUCCGGAGCCUGGUGAUGGAGCUGCACUGUUGCCGGGGCAACGGCGGGAGCAGCUGCAGGUAGCCACGGUACCUGAUCAGCAAUGCACUACUACUACAACACCCCUAAACUGUGAAGGACUUUGACUUUUUAAAUUUACAAUACAUUGAAUAUUUAUACUAUUUUUGUAUUACUAUUUUUUAAAUAAAAUGUCACAGGAUGUUUGUUUCUCACUUGUAUGUAAUGUGACUGUACAAAAUAAUAGGAUCGUAAAAUGGAAUAAAAUUGUUCAUGUAAUGUUUAGUUUUUAUGUUAUGUUAUAGAAGAGAGCAUUUGGAAUGGACAUAUGAGUGAGUGCUCAAAUCUAGUUUGCUGAGCAAAAGUGUAACUCAUGUAUCCAGAACAGGUUUCUUUUUCAAAUGUCCUCAUGGCUCACACAUAAAAUAAAUAUUAAAGUCAAUAUUACUCAGUUAUUCCUGUUCAGUGUGUCAGGCUGUUGUUUCUGACCAUCAGUCAUAAAGGACUCAAUAUGCACAUGAUUGUUUGCAGCUGCUAAACAAUAGUGUUAUCACUACAGACAAGUCAACACGUUGACGGUGUUUUAGUUUUGGCUCCUCAUGUUGUAGUUGCUUCGUUUGUAAGGAAAACCCUGUGUUCCAGUGAGGAACACUGAGUAAGCUUUACACAAUGACCACUUGUAAUAUGAGGAUUAGAACAGCACCUCUCCCCUGUUCUGUUUACAGGCAGAACUCAGUUCCCCUUUGUGUUUGUGCUGUAUGAAAGUCUAUGGACCUGACUCACUCUGUCAUCAGAAACAGAAAUAACAUUCUCCCCACACAGUAAAGGGUUUCCAUUUGACUUUCUGUUUGUGUUCACGGUGUAAACAUUGUUAAUGGCAUGUUUAUAAUGAUGCAUUUAUAAUGUGGUAUAUUCCUGGAUUAAAGAUGCCCCCAAAGUCCACCUAGCAACGGCUGGACAGAACUCUCUUCUGUCACCAUCACAAUAUUGUAGAGCGAGAAUGCCAGAUAUGACCUUUUAAGUUAUUGUGUGUUUUUCACACGGGCACAGUUAAUAGGUUUUUCAGUUUGGGUUGUUAACACUAAGUCUGAUAGGAUAUGUGCUUAACCAUAUGUACUUAAUUGGAUUAAGUUGGUAGUUUUUGGAUAAUUGGAGUCUUUGGUGCAGCCUCUCACAGCAUGUGGGCCCCAGACAGAGCCCUCUUAGAUAGGACAGAGCCCUCCUCCACCCCUACUGCUGUUGGAAGGGUAACGGUCACCCCCCCACACCCUUUUCCUAUUCGCCCCGUCCAAAUCUCUACCCCAUUGAUUUAGCCACUGUCAGAAAAUGGCCCCACUACUACAGUAUAAAAACUAGUGUUUAUCAAUUCUUCCAUAUUGUUAUUCUAAUACUAUAAUUAUGUUGGCUUUAAUUCUGUCUUAUAGUUCAGUGAAAGCCGUAUAGUCAAAUGCAGUAGCCGGUUUGAAGGUCUAAGUUGUGCUGUUAAGGUAAGGCCAUAGGUCGACUGGUUCACUAUGGAUGGGCUUUACGGGGUUCAAGGGUUCCAUAGAAUGAACCAAGGACAUCCAUACUGCUUAACUUGUCUUACACCUUCCAGCCUACAACUACUAAUGCAUUGGUUUAGGGUCUGGAGAUCAGGACUGAGAUCAAUGUCCUUCCAAUAGGCCGGUCCAGAUAGUCAACAGGUAGUCUGGAGACGUGUUUUAUAGAGAAACGUGUUAAAGCAGUUUAAAGUUUUGUUUUAAUUUACAGAUAGUUUAACCCAUUUAAAUGGGCUAACAUCAAAUCUACUUUGUAAUGACAAUAAAGAAACUCCAUCAAGUGA